AUGCUCGGAACCCGCGAUUUCGAGACCAGUGGGCCCGGACAAUCCCUUGGUUUCGCCCUCUCGAACUUCGCGGUGCAUCACGACCCCGAGCAGCCCUCGUUUGCAAUCUCUGUCUCCGCUGGCAUCGCUAUGGCAUCCACAACAGGCACGGCGAUCCGUUGCACAUGUUCGCGUACUGCGCCCGACGGGAAGGAGACUCUCGUCGAUCCGCUCGCUUGGGCCCGAUCUGCUAUCCUCGGAUGUAAAGCCGCCGGGCGCUAG